AUGAAUUCUUUGAAAUGCGCUUUUGGGGUGUCGGCAGGAAAUUUCUUGGGUUUCUUGGUUCACCAGCGGGGGAUGGAGGUAGAUAAGAAUAAAGCGAAAGCAAUAAUUAAUGUUGAACCACCAAAAACCAAGAAACAACUACAGCGAUUGAUCGGACAAAUAAACUUUCUGAGGCGAUUCAUUUCAAAUGCAGCCGGCCGAUUACGCAGUUGGAGCGUUUUGUUGAAAGGGAAUGACAACGACCAGUUUGUAUGGACCCCUGAGCAACAACAAGUAUUUGAUGAGCUAAAAACAUACUUGGUGAAGCCGCCGAUUAUGAUGCCACCAAAGCCGAAUCAGCCUUUGUUGCUAUACAUAUCAGCGGCUUCCCAAUCUUUGGGGUGUAUGCUCGUGCAGGAAGACCAAGGCGUUGAAAGAUCGGUCUACUAUCUCAGUAGAGCCUUGACCGAUACUGAAACACGAUAUUCGGACAUCGAAAAACUGUGCCUAUGUUUAUAUUUCACCUGCUGCAAGUUGAGAUAUUACAUGCUGCCAGUCGUAGUUUAUGUCCUGGCACAGACCGAUGUAAUAAAAUACAUUCUAUCCCGACCAUAUCUCAGAAAUCGGAUGGGAAAAUGGGCGGUGGCAAUGUCAGAAUUCACUCUCGUGUACGUGCCUCAGAAAGCUGUUAAAGGGCAGGUCCUUGCCGAUUUUAUUUCAGAUCACCCAGGGGUCGACAUAAAGGAAGGAAUCGGCUGUAUGGAACUACAUCCUUGGAAAUUAUGGUUUGAUGGAUCCAGAAUAGAAAAAGGUACUGGAGCAGGAAUCGUCAUCGUCUCACCCUCGGGGGCACGAUUCACAAUGUCUUGUUCUUUUGACUUUCAAGUGUACCAACAACCAAGCCGAUGCGAGUCGGAACUCUUAAUCCGAUACUGCAACAAAGCUAAACAUCUUAUCGGUGGUUUCUCAGAUACAUGGUUAGAAUACACGGAGAGAAGUGACAACAUGGAGGCAAAUGACCUCGCCCAACACGGUAGUGGUUAUAAACCUUGCUAUGAGUAUGAGGCGAUCCGGCGAGAUACGCCAAACUUGGUAACCAGAGACGAUGCGGUGUACAAAGCAGGUCAUUCCGUGUACCAAUUGGAUUUUUCUACAGAUUGGAGGAAAGAAAUAACCAAGUGGCUUGAAUCACCAGAUAUGUCCAACAGAAGAUUACGAACUUUGGCCCUCAACUACAUAAUUCUGGCCGAUGAGUUAUACAAAAAGGGGAGUGACGGUUUGCUUUUUAGAUGCGCCGGCCCAAAAGAAGCGAUGCUAGUCAUGGCCGAGGUACACGAGGGAAUUUCAGGCGCACAUCAGGCUGGUCCACGGAUGAGGUGGCUAAUCCACAAGUAUGGAUUUUACUGGCCCAAAAUGGAGCAAGAUUGUAUCCGAUACGCCCAAGGGUGUGAGGCAUGUCAAAAGUGCGGUCCCGUGCAGCAUGUUCCUGCCAAGACGCUACAUUCGAUAAUUAAACCUUGGCCAUUUCGCAGAUGGGCUGUGGAUUUAAUUGGCAAAAUAUACACAUCGUCAUCCAAAGGACACACGUUUGUGAUUGUCGCGACCGAUUACUACUCUAAAUGGGUUGAAGCCGUACCAUUGAAGUCACCAAGUCAAGAAUCGGUCAUAAAGUUCUUCAGAGAGUACAUUAUCCUGAGGCAUGGUUUGCCAGAGACUAUUACUACAGACCAAGGAACUAUGUUUACUGGGAGCGAGAUAACUGAUUAUGCAAAAGAUAUGGGAUUCAAAUUGAUACGUUCGACCCCGUGCGCAAGCAAAUGGCCAAGCUGA